AUGAAUGUUUCUCUCUUGACAAAGGUGAUGAUUGUUUUUGUCGCGAUUUGGCUGAUGGUUUGCACGAUCUUUGCAAAGUAUUACCUUCACACUUCUCUAAGUUCUCUCUCAAAGAAUGGAAACGUCAAAUCCUUAUGGGACGAACUCGUGACUUCGCAUUCUGUUCGAAGCAAUAGCUUGGGAAACAAAGCAUGGGACCAAUCAAAACUUUCUAUUGGAACAUCGCGGUCCUUUUCAUCUCUUUCAUCCUCUGGAUUGCUUGGUACCGAGCCGUUUCCCAUUCAGCCUCCCGAACAACUUGUCAAGGGUGAAUUGAUAUUGACAUUUCCUCUCUUUUACAAUCGGCAAAUCCGUGUUCAGCUACGGCCUGAAUGGUCACCUGGAUCGGUCGAUUACUUUCAUCGACUGGUUCAGCAUAAAUGUGCUUCAUGCUCGCUCUACCGCCUUGCUCGACAACACAGCGAUGACCCAGGGGAAGGAGUAAUCUUGGGUGUCAUGCAAAACUUGAAGUCGGUACCGCUCAAUA